UGGAACUUCAAUGAACAGCCCGUAUUAAAUACUGAAGAGAUCACAGAUAUUGAAGAUAUUGAAAAACCACAAUUAAUCAAGUUGGGUAAAACAAAUACAGAAAUUGUAACUAAAGUCAAAUAUCGUCUUGAAUUUGAGGAAUAUCUGAAAACUUCUGAGGGUAGAGUCGCCUGUAUCUACAAUGUGAAUGGCAUGGAUUCUAAUAAAGCUCUUGAAAUUUUUGACCUUAAGAAUAUUCAAUAUUCAUAUAAGGAAGAAACUACUCGUAAAAGUAUCUAUUGUCCGUUUUUAAAUACAAAGGUUUAUAAGGAAACAAGAACAUGUUGUAGCAUCAAAAUGUGUCAAUUUGCUGCGCCUGAAUUAGUAACAAUGACAUAUAC